ACAGAAUCAGUUAAAGUAAUAACAGAAAGCCAAACAGAACACAGCGUCGAUCGGCGCGUUUCUGCAAAGCCAACCCAAAACCCUACUUGAACCUCAUUCUCUACAUUUCCUUCGCUUUCUUCUCAGCCAUGUCUCUCAGAAUUCUCCGAUCUCGAUUCUCCUCCGUAGCAUCAUCUUCAUCGAAGCGAUUCCUCUCCACCAAUGCAGCUCCCACUGCUCCUCAACCUCCUCCUCCUUCCGCCACCACUUCACCUAACCGCUGGAAUUUCCUCAAAUACGCCGUCAUCGGUGCUCUCACCGGAGCCGCUGCCGUAACCGGCUAUGCUUCUUACGCAUAUAGUGCAGAUGAAAUAGAUGAGAAAACGAAGCUGUUUCGACAAUCAGCUAAGAACACUCCAGCUGACGGAGCUACUGCUCUCGAUAAAUUUCAAGGGCUUGUAUACUCAACUGCAGUUACAGUGCCUGCCAAAGCCAUCGAGCUUUAUUUGGACGCAAGAAGGUUAAUUGAAGAACAAGUUAGGAGUUAUACGGAGCCAUACACAGACAAGCUCCUUCCAGAUUUGCUUCCUCAGGAACAACAUGUGUUCACACUUGUUCUAGAUCUCAAUGAAACACUGAUUCACUACAUUUGGACACGAGAUACUGGCUGGCAGACUUUUAAAAGACCCGGAGUUGAUGCUUUCUUAGAACAUCUAGCUCAGUUCUAUGAAAUAGUAGUGUAUACAGAUGAACAAAAUAUGUUUGUAGACCCUGUUAUAGAGAGGCUGGAUCCCAAGCACUGCAUUAGGUACAGGUUAUCAAGGCCUGCUACUAAGUAUCAGGAUGGGAAACACUAUAGAGAUCUUACAAAAUUAAACAGGAAUCCUGCAAAAGUUAUGUACUUAAGUGGCCAUGCUCUUGAAAGUUGCCUACAACCUGAAAACUGUGUCCCUAUUAAGCCAUGGCUGCAGACUGAUAAAGAUGAUACAGCUCUUGUGGAUUUCAUACCAUUCCUUGAGUUUGUUGCCCGUAGUAGUCCGGCUGAUAUAAGACCGGUGCUACAAUCUUACCAAGGAUCUGAUAUUCCGAGUGAAUUCAUCCGGCGUUCCAAAGAGCAUAUGAGGAAAACACAAGGACAGAAACGCUUCUGGAAAUGAUCCAGUAACAAUACUGAAUUAGAUGAUCUAAAGAAAGAGUGAUUGUCAGUUUCAUGAUAAUUGAUUGGGUCAGUUUACCAAAGAUAUUUGAAGCCACUGCAGAUUGAGGUGUGAUUAAACUGAAGAUAAAAUGUAGAUUUUCUUUCAUGCCUUGAACCAUAUCAUUUUUUGGCCUACAUAAGUUCCGUUGCUGGAAAGCACUUAUUGAUUUUAUAGGUUUUUGCUGUUUUUAGUCUGAUAGAAAUAUUUGUUCUUUGUUCUUGAUGUCACCGUUGGACAUCUGCAAAUCCACAUUUUCUGUAGCAACUCAGUUUGAAAUGUAAGCAAAGAGUGACUGCGUUUGCAAAAUUAA